AUGGAUCUUCUGACAGUCUUGCCAGACUUCUCAACAAAAUCAUACACACACAUAUUACCUCCACUUGAGCGCAGCAAAAUCACCACAGUCGACCUAAUCACGCUUGACACGCUUGAGAUUGCGAAACGCGCUCAUGUGCCCCCAGCCGAUGUCCGACGGCUCUCAACCCGUAUUAUCGAGGCUUUACAUACAGAUCUCGGAUUUGAAAAGACCUCAAACAUAGAUUCGUCUUCAGAUGAGGCUCCCGGUCCCAGCGUUAAUCGCGCCAAUUUCACACUCGGCCCACCUACAAAGCUACACGCGGAACAAUGGGACAUCAUCAGCACGUUAGAUCCAACAAUGGAUGCAUUACUGGGUGGCGGGAUUCCAACGGGGUAUGUGACGGAGGUUACGGGCGAGAGGAAUAAAGAGAAGAAGGCGACUGACCAUGGCCUUGUUAUGUCUAGUGGGAGCGGUAAGACGCAAUUCCUCCUCAAUAUUCUCAUGGCUGUUCAAUUAGCGAAACCGGAUGGACUGGAGAAACGCGCCAUCUACAUCUCUACUGAACACCCACUUGCAACGAGCCGUCUAACACAAUUGCUGGAAUACCAUCCGCUUCUCUCGAAGCUUCCUGCCGACCAAGCACCGUCGCUUGAAAAUAUCCUGUCCAUCAGUGCCAUGGACAUGGAGGCGCAGGACCAUAUCCUUAAUUUUCAGCUUCCAGUCGCUAUAAAGCGGUAUAAUGUUGGAUUGGUCAUCAUUGACUCCAUCACCUCCAACUACCGUGCCGAGCACUCUUCCACCAAUAUGCUUGGUAUAUUAGCUCGAUCGACCGAGCUCGCAAAACUAGGACACUUAUUGCGCAAUCUCGCUGCAACGGAGGAUAUCGCAAUAGUGCUGGCGAACCAGGUGUCCGAUCGAUUUGAACCUAUGGAGAAUAGAAAUGGUGGCUAUCAAGCGUCUACCCGUCUAGGGAUACCGACCACCACAAGCCCGAGUGGCAUCGCGCGUGAAUCCGGUGCCGUAUCACCGAGGCCAAGGAGCCACACAGACAGUUCCAGGUCUGUGAUUCAACAACCACAUAACAGCUCUCUUCCCUCUUCGUCUCCAUUCCCGUCAUCUCCGCACCCGACUCAGGACGAACAGUUUGACGGCUCUUAUCUCAUCGCAAACCCAGCCAGGAACGAGACCCUCAGCCUACUCCACCAAGAACGGUUUUUCACAGGCUGGGGAGACGCCCCAGAGCGUGGGCCAUCUUCUCUAAAGACCCCUGCGCUAGGAGUCGUUUGGUCAACACAGAUCGCCUGUCGUAUUGCGCUGAAGAAGAAUGGAUUACGUGUGCCCCACCCUGAACUGUGGGAGGGUGCGUAUCCAAUGUCUACUCCAACGCCACAAGCACAGGGGAAACCGUCCGAGUCGAGACCUGGGUUUUCAUCAGCUAAGGAAAUUCAGACAGAAAAACCCCAGGCUGAAGGUGAAGGGAAUGACCAGUCUGUUCCUUUGAGAAAACCACCUGUUCAACCGGAGCUUAGUGAGCCUGAGCAUAUUACGCGACGAUCAAUGAAGGUUGUCUUUUCUCCUUGGGCCGCGGGCUCUAUUGCGGGCGAAGUAGAUAGACGUGGUGAGGUAGAUUUUGAAAUUUGGAAAGGAGGGCUGAGAUGUGUACGUGAUGAGUAA